ACGGACAGUGGACUCCAUUAACGCGAAACCUUCAGGAGCUCCGCAGCAGCUGGACUUUCACGAGGACCCUUUCCUCAUGAUAGGAUUAAACGCACGACUGAAGGAAAGAAAGCUCGCGGACUGUUGAAGUUGUGGACAUUGAAGCGUGUUUCGAGGAUUUGCUUCGGUGUAUUUGUGAAGGAUGGCAUUGGAUGGUAUACGGAUGCCAGAUGGCUGCUAUGCAGAUGGGACCUGGGAACUGAAGAUGCAUGUCACUGACCUUAACAGGGACGUGUCUCUGCGAGUCACUGGGGAAAUUCACAUCGGCGGUGUGAUGCUCAAACUCGUGGAGAAACUUGAUGUGAAGAAGGACUGGUCAGAUCAUGCUCUGUGGUGGGAAAAGAAGAAGACCUGGCUGUUAAAGACCCACUGGACACUUGAUAAAUACGGCAUUCAGGCUGACGCUAGGCUGCUCUUCACACCGCAGCACAAGCUGUUGCGCCUGCAGCUGCCCAACAUGAAACACAUGAGGGUGAAAGUGAACUUCUCUGACCGCGUCUUCAAAGCCGUAUCUGACAUCUGCAAAACCUUCAACAUCCGGCACCCUGAGGAGCUCUCUUUACUGCGCAAGCCCCGCGAACCCAAGAAGAAGAAGAAAAAGCUGGAGGAGGCCGAGGUGGAGGCACUGGAGCUAGAUGGACCGCUUCUCACUCCUGGAUCAGCCUCUGAGAUAAUAUACAUUGGACCGAUGAAAGGAAGCAUCUAUUCCAGUCCCGGGCUUUACAGCAAGACAAUGACUCCUACUUAUGACUCUCGGGAUGGCAGCCCUCUGUCACCCACAUCAGCAUGGUUUGGAGACAGCCCGCUGUCAGAGGGCAAUCCCAGCAUCCUCGCUGUCAGCCAGCCCAUCGCCUCACCUGACAUUGUGAUCAAACUCUACAAACCUCAGUCCCUCCUGGACAAGGCCAAGAUCAACCAGGGGUGGCUGGACUCCUCCAGAUCGCUGAUGGAACACGAUGUGAAGGAGAACGAGGUUCUUCUGCUGCGAUUCAAGUAUCACAGCUUCUUUGAUCUCAACCCAAAGUAUGACGCCAUCAGAGUGAACCAGCUAUAUGAGCAGGCGAAAUGGGCCAUCCUGCUGGAGGAGAUUGAAUGCACCGAGGAAGAGAUGAUGAUGUUCGCCGCCCUGCAGUACCACAUCAACAAGCUGUCCAUCAUGUCUUCAGACAAUCACAUGAACAACAGCGAGAAAGAGGUUGAUGAGGUGGAUGCUGCACUGUCAGAUCUAGAGAUCACACUGGAGGGAGGAAAAACGUCCAACACAUUGGGUGACAUUACAUCCAUUCCUGAACUGGCCGACUAUGUGAAAGUCUUCAAACCAAAGAAACUCACUCUAAAAGGAUACAAGCAGUACUGGUGCACGUUCAAAGACAUAACAAUCUCCUGCUACAAGAGCCGUGAGGAGGCGCUCGGCACGCCAGCACACCAAAUGAACCUGAGAGGCUGUGAAGUCACACCAGAUGUGAACAUCUCUGGUCAGAAAUUCAACAUCAAGCUGCUAAUCCCCGUAGCAGACGGUAUGAAUGAGAUCUGGCUGCGGUGUGACAUGGAGAAGCAGUACGCUCAGUGGAUGGCGGCCUGUCGUCUGGCCUCUAAAGGGAAGACAAUGGCAGACAGUUCUUAUAACCUGGAGGUGCAGAACAUCCUAUCCUUCCUGAAGAUGCAGCACAUGAAUCCUGACCCUCAGAUCAUAGAGCCCAUCACCACCGACAUCAACUCUGAGUGUCUGGUGUCACCGCGAUACCUGAGGAAAUACAAAAACAAGCAGCCAGGCUUUGUCAGGGACUUGAUCUCAGCCCGCAUCUUGGAAGCCCAUCAGAACGUGGCCCAGAUGAGCCUCAUUGAGGCCAAGAUGCGCUUCAUACAGGCGUGGCAAUCCUUGCCGGAGUUUGGAAUCACCCAUUUUCUUGCCAAGUUUCAGGGGAGCAAGAGAGAUGAGUUGAUUGGCAUCACCUACAACAGACUGAUCCGUAUGGACGCCAGCACAGGAGAUGCCAUCAAGACCUGGCGCUUCAGCAACAUGAAACAGUGGAACGUCAACUGGGAGAUCAAGAUGGUAACAGUGGAGUUUGCAGACGAGCCCAGUCUUGCAUUCAUCUGUGCUGAGGUAGACUGUAAAGUGGUGCACGAGUUCAUCGGUGGCUACAUCUUCCUGUCCACGCGUGCCAAGGACCAGAACGAGUCUCUAGAUGAGGAGAUGUUCUACAAGCUGACCAGCGGAUGGGUUUGAGCGCUGCUCUUCUCAAAGCAUCAGGGGGACUGGACUGACUUUCUUCUGUUACUCUCACACUACUUUUCUUUUCUCUGUUUUAACCAAUUCAACGCUCCACAUCAUAGGUGUUUGGAAACGUUAUGCUUGUGAAUGCAUUUAUAACACUAGCAGACGUACUUACAGUGGACACUGUGAGGACACCAAGUCCAAGGAAACAGUUCUUGCUCUGCCCUUAUUCUUAUUCUGUUUCAGAAGUUAAUUCCACCAGAGCGGUUAACUGCUUCCCUCCAGGAAUUAUUUAGUUAACAAGAUGAAGCAAUAGUUGUUGUCACUCAUGCUAGGCUAAUAGAUAUAUGCCGGCUUUGUGCACCAAGAAAUGCCAAUUAUUUAUUUCUUACUAACUUGUGUUAUAUUUACAUCGUCUUUAUGGGUCAUUCUUUGAAUGAAUCCUUUGCGACAACUACGUCACAUUCUUGUGCUGUCAUCAAAACACUACAGAAGGAAUUAUUACACUAGCUUUAAAGGAAGCGUUGAAUUUGUGAUUAUUUGCUCAGCCUCAUGUCGUUUCAAACCUGCAUGCUGUUGUUAUUUAUUUAAUUUUUUUUGUAGAAUGUAAAAUUUUAAAGAAUCUUCACAUAACAACAUUUCAUAGUGAAAACAGUUGCAUGAAAGUUGUCCAAAUGACUUAUAUUCCAAGUCUUCUGAAGCCAUGUGAUUGCAUUGUGACUUUAUGAAACAUAUUCCUCUUUGUUCUCAAAUCAAAUAUGACUCUGGUUUGUCAUCAUGAUGUUUGGUCACUUGUAGAUUUUUGUAGUCCAAUACAACAUUUGUAGUCCAUUUAAGAGCUUCGACUGAGGGGACCAAUUACAAUUUGGGUCUGUUCCUCACGCAAAGCUAUCAAAUGACUCCAGAAGACUUGCUGUAUAGUGAAUGAUUCAUAUGAAUCAUUUUUGGAGCUUGACAGAUGUGGUCUCUGUGUAAGCUGCAUUUUUUAAUUCCACAGAAAGAAAUAACAGCAAAUGGGUUUGACUUAACAUGAUAGUGAGUGAAUAAUGACAGGAUUGUAAUUUUUGGGGUGAACUAUCCCUUUGUUACCUGAACGGUACACUCGAGAUGAUCUCGCUCGGCAGUUUUUCAUCAACAAACCGAAGCAAUUUUGUCUUUUUAAAGCACUACUGCUGUAAGAUAAGAGUCUCUAUCAAGAAGCAGUAAUUUGAAGUUUAUAUUUGUGUUUGUGCGCUCUGCUUUUAGUGAUCAUGUGUGUUCGACAGUACAUUAAAGUGAAUGACACAAAUGUUUUUUGGAAUUAAUGAAUCUAUGGCAACAGAUUCGGCUUUUGAAGGCCAUUGAUUUCCAAAUGUAAGAAGUUUCUUUUUAUUAUUAUCAUCUUCCUAUGAAGUCUGCUAUUUAUCCAUCAGCCUUUAUUGUGCACCAAUAUAGUAUUAUUCGACAGCAUUUCAUUAUUAUGCACCAGCGAUUGGUCACUGUUUUAAAAGAAAGUUUUUUUCUUUACAAUAUGAAGGAACUCCAAAUGAAGUAUUGCAAUUUUUUUUUUGUAUCUAAUGUAAAAACAGGUUUUCAAGAAUUGUACAGUUGUUUUGUUGCUGCUUUUUUCAGUAAUUUUUCAGAAGUAUAUUUCUUUCCAGAAGAGAGGGAAAAAGCCAUUUUUGACAUUGGGGAUUCAUUCCUGCCAAUGUUACAAUCUUAUGGAGUUUAAAAAAUAUAUAUAUAUAUAAAUGCAUAUGAAGAAAUUAAAAAUAUCUCAAGCUCCAGGUUUGAGUGAACUCAUUUAGAUCAUAGUGUCUUUUAUAUCUCAUGAGGAGCUUUUGAUUUGCCUUUUGUUUUUCUUGCCUUAACUGAUGAAUAUCAAUAAUCGUUUGAUUCUGCUGCAAAAAACUUUUUUUUUUUUUAAGAAAGUGUCACUAAUGAUCGCUCAAACACUAUUGAAGUGCAGCAGAAUCUGUGUGUGUGCGUGCGUGCAUCGGUUAAUGUCAGUAUUUUCUUUUGUUUUAACAUAUGAAGGUGGUUCAGAGCCAGAAGUGUUUUUUUGUUUGUUUGUUUGUUUCAUCAGAUGCCAUCAGUGCAGUGCAUGGCCUGUUUAACAUUUUUUUUAAAUGCCAUUUACUUUAUAAAAAUAAAUAAUAAACAUUUUAUUUAAAAUAAUAAAAAGACAAUGGUUCAAUGUGUUUUUUGUUUUUGGCAUCACUGCAGUGCUUUUCUCCACCAGAGGAGAGCAGUGUUGCUGCAUACAAUUUUAAUGAUCUGAUUGAGCUGUUAUUGACCCUAGUGACACAAUUUGUCCCUGGAUAACUGUCAUGGUGAAUAGCUUGCACUUGAAGGUGAUUUUACACAGCUACAUGCUGUGUAAAAUCUGCUGAAAAUACUAAAAACUAGUGUCCCAUUACUGUUAGUAAUGUCUUAAAGCAAUGAAAGGCACACAUUGCAUGUACUGGAAGAACUACUCAAUGUAAGAUGUAGUAUUAUCUAAAAUAAUGGACCCUGUUCACAGGCUGUGAUGAUGCGUUUCU